AUGGAGUUGGUGCCAGAAAGAUGUGAAGUACGAGCUUCGCACUGCAGCCGGAGCGCCCGGUGCGUGCCAAACACUGAAGGAGAAGCGAGAGAAGAAGGAGGGGAAAGAAAGAGACAGAAGGAGAGCAGAGGACUGAGCAGCCCUCUGUACUCAUGGAUCAUAAGGAUAUCUAAUCAUUCGCCCUCGGGAGCGCACAGACACCGCAGUCCAUGCCUCUGCCUUGCCGGGUCAUUGAUGGGAAACCAACUGGAUCGGAUCACCCACCUCAACUACAGCGAGCUGCCCACGGGGGAUCCGUCCGGGCUGGAGAAGGACGAGCUUCGGGUCGGCGUCGCCUACUUCUUCUCUGACGAAGAGGAGGAGGUGGACGACCGCACUCCGUCCGACUGCGGCUUCACCAAGGACCACAGCCCGGCAGAGGAGGGACCCUUCUCGGUCAGUGAGGUGGAGUACUCGGCGUUCUGCUCCCAGGAAUGCAUCUUCUCCAAGCUGCGGGAAAACGAGGACCUGAACGUGUACUCGGUCAAAACUUUGCUGACUAUGUGCAAGCCGGGGGAUCUGCUGGAGCUGGUGGCCACCGCACAACCCCCCCACUGGGUCAUUUACCAGCGUGACGACCAAGUUAUUCACCUGCACAAGGGCGAAAUCCGCAGGGACAGUCUGCUGGAGAUCAGCAACGGUCGGCACGGCAGAAUAGUUAACAAUCGGUACCGAUUUCGGCCGCUUCCUCCGGACCUGGUGAUGCAGAAUGCUUCGGGACAUCUAGGGCUGAGAAGUGAGGAGAUUUGUUGGACCAACUCUGAAAGUUUCGCUGCCUGGUGCCGCUUCGGGAAACGGGAAUUCAAAGGAGGCGGGGAGGCGCACUCUGCGGAGCAGCAGUAUUUCCUCAAAGUGCACCUGUCCGGCAGCGGGGUGCACACUCUGGUCUUUCGGAGUCUGGAGGACAUGAUCCGCGAGCGGCGGAGAGUGGACGCCAGUGGAAUUCUUAAAGAGCUCUCUUUGGUGACCGGAGACAAGGACUGAUCAGGAAUUCCGUUUGAUAUCCUCCACCUCCAGUCACCGAGGCGCAUGGACGCACGCUUUACUGGCGCACACACUAACAGGACCCUCACACAUACGCAAACAAUUAAGUCCCGCCAGAAGCGCACAUAUGAAUAAGGACCUGUUGUUUUGGGACCGUCGUUUAGUACGGACCUCGAUGCACUGUGGAUUUCCCAAUAAAAUGGAGAGUACUGAGAAACGAGGGAGCGCGGCCAUAUAAACAGACAACGCCCCGCAUGGUUAGGACGCGUGCUGAGUGGCGCACACGAUUCCUAAUCGACCCCAUUAACACAGGACAAGCAAAAUCACCUUUACACGGCGCACACGACUCGGUUUGAUUUCUUUGAUUUCCAGGAGGGGAAAAAAAGUGGAUUCGGUUCCUUUCUUCUCUGCAGCAGCAGAGCAGACCGGCAGAGGGAGGGGACGGGUGUAGAUGGGAUCUGGGGAUGUCUCUCAAAGGUCUCCCUUCUAUUUUUUUACUGUUAGCUUUACGACCAGGACAGACCCAACGACACGAACUCCAGCCACUUAAUGAUUCAUAGACCUCUGAAAGCCUGAGCUGGUUGCAACAGUUGCCUAAGCAAAGCGUCUUGGCUUGACCAAGCUCCUCUUUUUGCCAUAUUGUUCUCUCCACAAUGCUGUCAUCUCGCUCACAGCACUGGAUGUAUGUGUAAAUUGUAUUCAUACAUUGGUUUUAAAAUUUGAGUCCCUUAUUUUUGUAUUUAAGUUUAGUGGAAUUAUCUCUUUUUUGGUUCAAAUAAAUCAAGGUUGAAAUAUGAAAAGAAAAUCGACCUGGUCCAUUAGGUCUUGUUUUUGGCUGCACACUCACACUCACACAUCAACAGUGUUACUCUCCUCAUUUGUGCUCACACAAAGCUAUGAAAUAUUCAUGCUCUGAUACCUCCUGACCUCUCUCAAACCAAACACGCUUCACACAUCUUUGUAGUAAUCUGCAUUAAGCAGAAAACAUAAAUCAGUGAUCUUGCAGCUUAUUCUGACUGCUUACAAUCAAUUCUUUACUGGCAUUUCAUAACUCAUGCUCUGAUCUGUCUUAAUUAGGAUUUUUGCAGCCUCCCAUGCAUCCUUGUGCACAUAUUUGACAUUACAAGAGUGCACAAAAUGUCACAGUCUUUAUCUUUAAGCAACACAGCUGCUUAUUUAUAUUGAUUAGCUUCUGUGAUGGUAGGAAAAUGGCUUUGUUUUCCUGUUUUUUAUUUAGGGUUGGAUCAAUCACCUCACCAGACAAUCAUCUUUGUUCGUGUGAUGCUUAAGUUUUUCUUUAAUAUGAAUUGAAAGGGCAAGGAAGCAUAUAUUUGAAGGUGCCUUGCCAUGAUGUGUGCAUUUGUUGAGCAUGUUGCAGACAUUAGAAUGUCUUUAAAAGAUUGUAUGGAACAGCAGAGCAGGUUUAAUUGAGUCCUCACUUCCAAAUAUUUUGUUUUGUUGAUGAGAGAGCUGCAGAUGGUUUGUUUCAACAGAGGUGAGCAGCUUGUGUGCAGUAACAAAGCUGAAUUGAUGAAUAUAUAUAUGUAAAGCAUUGACAUCCUGAAUCUUGACUCUUGAUUUGUGUUUCAAGGUUUGCACAUUGAAUGGGGUAGUUUGCAUUGGCACUAAAGCCGUGCAUAUACUUUAAAAAGAUGUGUUCAAUAAUUAUUAACUCUUCAAUUGUAUUCAGUAGCAGUUCUUCAUUAUGUGGCUCAGGUACAGCUGUGUCAGGGGGAGAAAUAAACAAACAACAACAACAAAAUGUAGCUGUCAAUUACAAACCAAAAGAUUUUCUAAUGCGUAUUGUCAUGAAAAGCAAAUAAAUGUGGAGCUACGGAGA